GCAGCCCCUCGGAGUCCGGAGCCGGCCGCCCCUGCGGAGCGGACAGUGCGGCCGGCGGCCGGGACAGAGCCCCCCAGCCCGCGAGGAGGGCGCGGCGCAGGCGGCGGCGGCGCGGCGGGAGGAGCCCGGGCCGGAACCAGGGCUGGGCCGAGGGCGGGGACGCCGGGGUCCCGGAGCCCGGGAGCCGGAGCUAGCUAACGAACGUCGCGGGAGGACCGGGAAGGAGGAGCGGAGCCAGGGCGAGCCGAGCUACUCACAAAGUGCGAUGGCCCGGCGGGGCUGAGGCGCGCGGCGGUCGGCGCGGCGCGCGGGGAGGACGCCCGAGAGCUGCGCGGCGCGGGGCGGCGCGGAGGGGCAGCCCAGGCGGGCGGCGGCGGGCCCGGGCUGCGACCCGAGCGUGCCCCAUGCCCUGCGCGGGCUGACGGGCCGGAGCCCGCACGGAGCGGCUGGGCGGGACAGGUCCCGCUAGAGCGACAUGAUGGUGGAAUCCGCCUCGGAGACAAUCAGGUCGGCUCCAUCUGGUCAGAACGGUGUUGGCAGCCUCUCUGGGCAGGCCGAUGGUGGCGGCAGCGGGGCUGCAGGAACGGCCUCAGGAGGCGCGGGUAGGGACGCAGCUGGUGUUGCAGACAGCAAUGGCGAGAUGAGCCCUGCAGAGCUUCUGCACUUCCAGCAGCAACAGGCUCUCCAGGUGGCCCGGCAGUUCCUGCUGCAGCAGGCCUCAGGCCUGAGCUCUCCUGGGAACAAUGAAAGCAAACAGUCAGCCUCUGCUGUGCAGGUGCCCGUGUCAGUGGCCAUGAUGUCACAGCAGAUGCUCACCCCCCAGCAGAUCCUGUCACCCCCACAGCUACAAGCUCUGCUCCAGCAGCAACAGGCCCUCAUGCUCCAACAGCUUCAGGAAUAUUACAAAAAGCAGCAAGAGCAGCUCCACCUGCAGCUCCUCACCCAGCAACAGGCCGGGAAACAGCAGCCCAAAGAGGCACUGGGGAACAAGCAGCUGGCCUUCCAGCAGCAGCUCCUGCAGAUGCAACAGUUGCAGCAACAGCACUUGCUCAACCUGCAGAGGCAGGGGCUGGUCAGCCUGCAGCCCAGCCAAGCCUCAGGACCCCUCCAGACCCUCCCACAAGCAGCUGUGUGCCCAACGGACCUGCCCCAGCUGUGGAAAGGUGAGGGUGCUCCUGGGCAGCCUGCCGAGGACAGCGUCAGGCAGGAGGGGCUGGACCUCGCCGGCACAGCUGCCACCGCUACCUCGUUUGCCAGCCCCCCCAAGGUCUCCCCACCCCUCUCCCACCACCCCCUGCCCAAUGGACAGCCCACUGUGCUCACAUCUCGGAGAGACAGCUCCUCCCAUGAGGAGACCCCCAGCUCCCAUCCCCUCUACGGACAUGGAGAGUGCAAGUGGCCAGGCUGUGAGACCCUGUGUGAAGACCUGGGCCAGUUCAUCAAACACCUCAACACAGAGCACGCACUAGAUGACCGGAGCACAGCCCAGUGCCGUGUGCAGAUGCAGGUGGUCCAGCAGCUGGAGAUCCAGCUCGCCAAGGAGAGCGAGCGGCUGCAGGCCAUGAUGGCACACCUGCACAUGCGGCCCUCUGAGCCCAAGCCCUUCAGCCAGCCGCUGAACCCCGUCCCCGGCUCCUCCUCAUUCUCCAAGGUGACCGUCUCUGCAGACCCAUUCCCAGAUGGCCUAGUGCACCCCCCGACCUCGGCUGCUGCCCCUGUCACGCCCCUGCGGCCCCCUGGCCUGGGCUCUGCCUCCCUGCACGGUGGGGGCCCUGCCCGCAGGAGAAGCAGCGACAAAUUCUGUUCCCCCAUCUCCUCAGAGCUGGCCCAGAAUCAUGAGUUCUACAAGAACGCAGACGUCAGGCCCCCCUUCACCUAUGCCUCCCUCAUCCGCCAGGCCAUUCUGGAAACCCCCGACAGGCAGCUGACCCUGAAUGAGAUCUAUAACUGGUUCACCAGGAUGUUCGCCUAUUUCCGCAGAAACACCGCCACUUGGAAGAAUGCUGUGCGCCACAACCUCAGCCUGCACAAGUGCUUUGUCCGUGUGGAGAACGUCAAGGGUGCUGUGUGGACUGUGGAUGAGCGGGAAUAUCAGAAGCGGAGACCACCAAAGAUGACGGGGAGCCCCACCCUGGUGAAGAACAUGAUCUCUGGGCUCAGUUACGGAGCGCUUAAUGCCAGCUACCAGGCCGCCCUGGCGGAGAGCAGCUUCCCCCUUCUCAGCAACCCCAGCAUGCUGAACCCCGGCUCUGCCAGCAACCUCCUGCCCCUCAGCCAGGAUGACACAGGCGCCCCUGGGGAGCCACUGCCCAGCAACGGUAGCAGCAGCCCCCCUCGCCUCUCCCCUCCCCAGUACAGCCACCAGGUGCAGGUGAAAGAGGAGCCCACAGAGGCAGAGGAAGACCGGAGACCUGGGGCCCCUCUGGGUCCCCCCAACGCCAGCAUCGUGGGGCCUCCAGAAGAGAGGGACCUGGAGGAGGAGCUGCCUGGAGAGGAGCUGUCCUAAGGGCCUGGAGGGGCGGGCAGGGCAGGGGUGAGACCCCUCCAGCUCAGACCCAAGGCCCCACCUACCCCCACUCCACAGCCCCUCCAACCUCAAGGCACUUCCAGGACUCAGGUGGGGGAGGCCUGGGCCAGCAGCUCCCAAUGCAACCGGACUGACAAACGCUUGGGGGCAGGGAUGUCC